CACAGCACACAAAUCGCUCGUCUGCUGCCAUGGCAAGCGUUAAGCGUCGAUAAGUACGAUUAAUGUAAACGCGACGCAACACGCAAGUCUUAAUUUCAAAAUAACGCUAGUUAGACAAAAAGAUACACAAAAAUAAUUAUAAAAAACGCUCGAAUACAUAGUGAAACUCACAGGAGCCCAUUAUACCCUCGGAAUUUCAUUGAAAGGCACAGCUACAUGUGCAUACAUAUAUGUAUAUGUAUGCUAAAUUAUUUUUUAAUGUGGUGCUCCAUUUGCCCGGUUAACGGGUUCGGCUAGAACAUAAAGAACAAGCUUAAAACGAAAAUCGAUUCGUCGUGGCGCAUACGAGGGACAUUUUCUGCGGUUGACGGUUGUUGUUGUGCUCGAUAAGAAUUUUUUUGGAAUGUAAUUUCCGUUGCUGAUUUAUGGCCGGAAAAUGUUGUGACAAAAUCUAUAGCUGAGAAAUGUGCUGUUUAGAGAAAAUAAGUGAACAAAUGCAGUGAAAGCUGUAUUAUUUCUAUAACAAAGUGCAACCAACGACUAGUGAGGUUUAAUAUUCAAAUCAAAUCAAAUCAAAUUUCAAAUGGAUAUACCGAACACGGGCGCCAUUUUUACGCUUGGCAAGUCCUACUUGGCUGAGAACACGCAGAGUUAUUUUUACAUUAAAAACGAUCCAGUUAAGCGAUUGAUAUCUGGACCCCAUCAAAGUGCUGUCAUAUGUGAAAGUGGACGACUAUUUGUUUGGGGAGAGAAUUACUAUGGCCAGCUGGGUAUUGGUAGCCAAUCGAAUAACAACAACAACAACAAUAAUAGCAAAAGCAACAGUAACACAAGAAGUAAUGGCGAUAUAAUUACUAAACCCACUUGUGUAAAGUCACUGAAAACGUUGGGUUUGAAAAUAGCCGACAUCGCUUUUGGCAACGAUUGGUCCAUAAUACUCACUCAUUCAAACGAGUUAUUCUUCAGUGGGCGCAGCGUAUUUCCAGCUGAAUCGAAUGUAGCGCGUAAUUUUACCACGGCCACAGUGGCGAAUGAGCAAUGUGAAAUUAUUCGCAAACCAUUUCGAAUCGAUGAGUUGGACGAUUAUCUGGCAAAGAAUGAGGACGCGGAGUGUUAUACGAACGUAUUGGCCGGCAAUGAGCAUUUCGUGCUAAUGACUAGCUUUGGGCGCCUCAUUGGAUGGGGCUCUAAUCAAAACUACCAGCUAGGCUUGACCAAACAUGAUUCCGUGCAAAUGCCCCAUGAAAUAAACCUGGGUGCGCCAGUGCAACAAUUCGUGUGUGGUCCGGAAUCAACGCUGGUGCUCACGACGACCGGAAAGCUCUUUUUCACCGGCCACCUUAACGAGUUUGUCUUUUCACAGUUUACUGAACUUCAGCAAAAUCUCGCACCUACGGAACAAAUCAUUUUUAUGCACAUAUCGAAAACGAAUGAGAUUUACAUCGUGACCAAUGCUGGUAGCAUCUAUCGCAGUAUGGAGUCGUUGCGUACAAAGAGCUUAAUAUUUCAGCGGUUCUACGAUUAUGACAGCGAGGAAAACGGGCCGAUAUGGAAAUUGUUGAAAGGAUUCUCUUUCUAUGCGGUUCUAACAAAAGCCAACAAAUUUUACACUACAUUCUCAGAGAGCGGUCAUCACCUCAAAACGUUUCGUGAGAUAUCUAAAUUCAAAAACUUACAACUUCUCGAUGUGGCGGUGGGUAAUCAGCACAUAUUAGUACAUGGUUUACCACGAAAUUCUACAAUCUCGGCAGCUGUGGGACCUGGCUAUGAACCGCAUCGUUUCUCCAGCCGCACUUUCGUUAUGCCUGCGACGCUAUUGGAUGGGCCUGCAGAAAGAAACCAAAAAAGGGAAAGCAAAACAGCAGCAGUUGAAAAUAAAUAUAACGAAACGAUUGAGAAGGAUGCCGCGAUGAUAGCCGAUGUUAAUAGUAACACGAUAAACAUCGAAGGUGACGGCAAACUUGGACUAGCAGAAAAAAACAGAGAAACAGAUACGACAACCAAAAACGAUGUUGCCGAAGUGAAGGCGGAAGAAUUUGUUUCUGAUGAACUUGAAGUCGAAGAACUAACUAGGGAACAUCUUAAUGGCGAAAUUUCUGGAAAUAAAGACAACACCAUGGGGGGACUAAAUGAAAAUAAGAACCACAGCGGGGAUAUAAAAGAUACACAUUUAAUCACCUCCGCAGCUGUUAUAGAGCAUAAUGAAGCAAGCUCACCCUCUGGAUCGGAGAGUUCGAAAAAAUCCAGACACUCAGUAAAAUUCUCACCUACAUCUGCAAGCAAAGCAUCACCUAUAAGUGACAAAUUGUUGAGACCCCACACUCCCUACCCGGAAAGCUGCACAACGGCGAGUACACCGACGACUAUCAAGAAAACACCAUUACGUAACUAUUCUUAUGAAGCUGCCAUGGAGCACGACCAUAUUGACAGCACCUCACCAGCUCUGAUGGAUAGCUUGGACAAUAUACCUGAAAGUACAGAGGCCGAAAGUGAGAUUAGGGGUGUUAGUGUUAAAAAUGCACUCGCUUCGUCCCCUACACUCCCGUUUGAGGAAGACGAACAAUUAACUGUAGAAAUCAACACUACAACAGAUCCACUAAACAGUACCAUUGUCGUAAAUGAAAUUCGCUUCAUAAACAAUGGGGUCGACGUAACAGAUAAUGUUAAGGCGCAAUCGUUUGAAAGAGAUGACACUGAAAGCACUUUAGAUUCUUUAGAAGAGCAAGCGGAAGACAUCGAUAGAAAGUCAAAUGGAACACCGAAUGAGAUAGAUAAUAGUGCAAAUACAGAUGCGAUGGAAACACAUAAGACUCAAGUUGAUGUCACGAGGAUGAGUAAUAAAUUUAAAAACGCAGUAGAUGAAAUUGAGUCAGGUGUAGAAAACACAGUUCAGUCGCAAAUAACCGAAAUCAAUGAAAAUGUCACGAUGAGCAAGGAUAUUUUAUCUAAGCAGGCGGAGCAUAUUGAGGAAGACAUAACAUCGGAACGAACUGAGAAAGUAAGCAAGACAUUUACUGACAAAAUUGGAAACGCAACCAAGAAAGCAGCUGCCACAGCUUCCGAUGUGCGCCACUCUCUGGAAAGUGCAGCAAAAGGUGCUACUUCAGGUGCGCUAGAUGCUGUUGAAUCGGUAGGAGAAAAUGCUAAACAUGUUGCUAAUGAUGCUAUGAACACAGUGGAAGGUAUAGGAAAUAGCGCAAAAAAGGCGGCAACUGGAGCAAAAAAUGCCGUUGGGAAUGUGUUUAUCAAGAUGUCUGAUGGAACCAAAGAUGCUGUAGACUCUGUAGCAACCAAAAUUGCUAAUGAAGUUCAAAGCGCCAAAGAAAAUAUCAACACCAUGUUGCAAGGUAAAGUCCUUAAGCCACCUCCCACUGAAGAAGAUGCGGUGUCAUCAGCAUCGGACGUUGCAUCUAAGGAAGGUGCUAAAACCAAUACUACCACCGGUGAAGAUGAUGAACGCACAACAGCAUCCGUAAAUUCAACACAAAACUCGACUGGUAACCCUUUUGAAAAUAGCAAUCCCUUUGAAUCUACGAAUCCUUUUGACGAUGUUAUCGAACGUAGUAAAAAAGCACUACAAGACGAAGCUAAUACUUUCCAACAAGAAGUAGUUCAAGAUGCAGAGAAGGAGAAGGGAAAAGUACGACAGUUCUUUAGCGAUUUUCGUGGAAUAUCCUGUCGAAAUGAAAAAUCGGUGGAAGUCGAUGAUGAUCCUCCUCGGUAUUCAGUGGAAGACAAGUACCCCACAACGCGUCGCGACAACUCAAAACAAGAAAAUACGUCAAAAGUUUGCUCAAUUUUGUAAAUUCUCCUUAAUAUAUCUUCAGUCUAAUGUAUGCAUUUCUCUAUUAGUUAC